GUAAUUUGGUAGUUUAAGGAAAUAGGAAGUCAGUCCAGAAACAUUUAGCACAAAGACAGUAAACAAAAGGCGCUUGUGAAUGAUGGCAGGAAUAAAAGCUCUUGUUGCGUUAUCCUUCAGUGGUGCACUUGGACUGACUUUUCUCCUUUUGGGAUGUGCACUGGAACAUUUUGGAGUGUACUGGCCAAUGUUUGUCCUGUUCUUCUACAUCCUGUCACCUAUCCCAAAUUUAAUAGCAAGACGGCAUGCGGACGACACUGAGUCAAGCAAUGCAUGCAGGGAGCUUGCAUAUUUUUUAACCUCUGGAAUUGUGGUGUCAGCAUAUGGGCUACCCAUCGUGCUUGCACGAAAAUCCGUGAUCCAGUGGGGCGCUUGUGGCCUGGUAAUGGCAGGCAAUUCUGUCAUUUUUCUGACCAUUCUGGGGUUUUUCCUGAUAUUCGGAGGUGGAGAUGACUUUAGCUGGGAGCAGUGGUAAAACCUAUCCGGAAGAAGACCAUAACUACAUUAUAUACUAUAAAACUUUAAAUAGCUUGCCAUGGCGAUGCUGAUUAACCCAGGCCUUGACAGAGACUGUGUCCAUUGCUUUGUUUUCCUCUCGGUUAUGGCUGCUUUGGUGCUCUGCUUCUGCCUUUUCAUUUGCAUUACAUAUGCAUGGCCCUGUGUUUACAAUAAUGUGCUUAAAAAUAGUAAUUAUAAAAGUUGCAUUUAUAGGAAUAUUGCAUUUAAACUUGUUUGAACAGCAAAAAGGGAAAAACUCACAAAACCUGUCUAGUAAAUUUUGGUUCAUAUUUACUCAAAUCAAAAGAAAAAAAAGAA